UACCGUGUUAUGUGACGAAUGAUCUCAUCGAUCUACAGAGGGUCCAAUCUACUUAAGAGAAACGUAACUAAGCGAGAAUAUAACGAAUAGAAGCAUAGUAAAUUAACAGAAAUUCAGAUUAUCAAGCAUCAUCUUUCACAACAAUCCAAACAGGAAAACGGUGUCAAACGGUGCUCGUGACGCACGUCAACAUCAGGUGCCUGGAGACUGAACACACAAACGCGCGUUAUGGAGGAUAGCAGCGGGUUGGAAAAACUGGAUUUUGGUGUUUUAAACACUGAGCAGCAGGAAAAACUGCGCCAGUUUAAGAUCAAUACGAGGAUUGCUAAUGAAAAAUAUUUAAGAUCUCAUCCAGAGGUGGACAUGUUAUUAAGUGACUUCUUAAGAAACGUGUUUGUGAAAAGGCCUACAGAUAUUCGUGAAUUUGCAGCAGAUCAUUUCAGUGACCCUGGACUGGCACAGAAAAUAAAAACUCUAAUGAAUAUCCAUGAUCCGUAAACAUCUGUAAAAGUGCAGAUUCAAACAUUAAAUUAAAUUGAAAAAUGCUAA